UUGUCUCAGUCAGCGUACAAGCUUCUAAGCAAACAGUCCAAGCCGGCCGACGACUGACACAGAUUUGGCCAGUUAGCCAGUUAGCCAGUUUAGCAUAUUGGCCCGGGCGCACGCGACGUAUGCGUAAUUGCAGAGCCCCGCUGUCAGCUUGACCAGCUGACGCUAUCCUGUGCCCCACUUUCAAGAGGCAUGCAUUAUAAACUCUAAGCAACGCUCAACUGUGUCAAUAAACUCGAGUGGCAUUUGACGUGAAUUGACCAGCAGGCUAAAGCCCUGUUCGUGUGUGUGUGUGUGUGUUUACAUGUCUUUCCCUGUAGCAAACAUUCCUCAACAAGAGUCGGCGCAUAGCUAUUUUUAGGCACAGCGCAACGCAAGACUCCAAGACUGUUAGACGAUUGUGCGUGACUCACCGCUCAGCUUAAGCCGGGUCUACACUUCAAACCAAGCAGCUGUGCCGCGUCAUCGUCAGCCGACUGCUGCUGCCCACACCAGACUCCGUUGCGACUCAGCUUUGGGAGAGACAGAGACGGAGAGAGAGAGAGAGGGAGAGCAGGCUUUAUUUGGUGAUGGCGUCACAAGAUGCCUUUAAUUACCCAACCUCAAAGCUGGCACAAAUGCGGAUGCGCUUCCAGCAGAAGACACACGAGGAGCAGGAGCAGCGUCGCCAAGAACUCAGCCAGGCUGUUGGUGCAUCGCCCAGGGCAGCCACCGGACGCCUUAUAGGCAAUGGCAAGGUGCGGCAAAUGUUUGACGAGAGACGCCGUGGCGCCGGCAUCGAUCGCAGCAAUCCGCUCAAGCCCAUUGGGGACACCGCGCGCACACACAGCCUACAGCAGCAGCAGCAGCAGAUUACCAAAGGCCUAUCCACAAUGAGCCUCAAAGAGAAGCCAGUCUCUGGCCGAAAUUCGACCGGUGACAGCAACAACAACAGCAGCAGCAACAGCAAGAGCAACAACAACAAAUAUAAUGCAGCGGGCACGCUGACAAAUGCAAACCGUUUGAAGCCAGUGAUAACACGCAAAACGCCACCCAAGGAGAAGGAGAUGCCAAUGCGCGCUAAUUCCUCGCCCCCGAGCAGCGCCAGGGCCAAGACCUUUAGAUCAACAGCAACAGCAAGAGCGACCGCAACCACGCCGACAAUGCAGGCUGCCCGCUCGCCCAACACACGGGCUCCACUCUCGGAGAGGGGACGCGUUUCAGCGCCAAAGGGGCGUCAGGUUAAACCAAAAUCUCCAGUUACCAAAAUUCAAAUGGACUCUGCUCCUCCGGAAGGUACAAAAACGUGCCGCUUUUGUGGCCGUCACUUCAACAUCGAUCGCCUGGCCAAGCACGAGGAUGUGUGCCAGCGAACCAUGAACACGAAGCGCAAGAUCUUCGAUGCCGCCAAGCAGCGCGUGAAGGGCACAGACAACGAGAAGUACAACAGCAAGGGGCAGCAGAAGUCGAACCUGAGUCGUUCACAGUCCACAUAUAGCAGUGCCGCCCAGCAGAAGGGCCUCAAGACUGGCGUCAAGAAGAGCAAUUGGCGCAAGAAGCACGAGGAGUUCAUCGAGGCCAUACGGGCUGCCAAAAAGGUGCAGGCCCAUUUGGCACGUGGCGGCAAACUCAGUGAUUUGCCACCGCCGCCGCCUUCAGAGAAUCCCGAUUACAUUCAGUGCCCGCAUUGCGGCAGACGCUUCAACGAGCAGGCCGCCGAGCGCCAUAUUCCCCGCUGUGCCACAAUGGAGCACAACAAGCCGCGCAAGAAUCCGCAGCCGCCAGUCAGGAAUCGUUAACUAGAUUUGGGACAUUGACUUUUGCCCGUUUAUUACAUGUGAUAAAGGAUUCGAUGAAUAUAUAACAGCAUAAAA